CUGCACACACUAUAUAGACAAUGGGAGACCACUACUUGGGGGCAGCCUUGGCAGGGCAGCCCUCCCCAAGCAUACCAACUACCGUGUAAAAUAUUUUGGUUUGAGAUACACUUGGCUCACAUCUUGGCUAACAUCAUGGCUCACCACAAUGGUUACCAAAAGGUAGCAAAAGAUGAGGGCGACGUUGAGUCGGCAGAUGGUAGUAUCUCUACACCACCUCCACAGCCCACGUUUAAGAGAUAUUUAUACCCAUUGAUUGGGUUACUGCUCAUCUCGAACAUCUGCACGUGGUAUAUUUCCGAAUGGAAGGUUCGGAGGGAAUACCGAGCAAAGGAUACCGGUCGUAGUCCAUUUGCCGGUCUGGAAUGGGACACGCCGCUUUCACUGCACUCGGAGAGUCCAUUCAAUCAACCGAACGAGACGCUCCGAGAUGCGGCUUGGGAUACCAUCAACAUCGACGCCGGCAUGAUCGCUGUGCCGCAGUCCUUCGUCGAGGAGAAAGGUCUACCAGAUUCCCAGCGUUUCGUCUGGGAUCGGAGCAAGAGUGUGUACCUUCUAAACGGAUACCACUCGUUACACUGCGCUAGAUCGAUUUACAUCUCCCUGACUGAAUUCAACCGGGGUCUACCACAAUCACGACGGUGGGGACACAUCAUGCACUGCGUGGACCAGCUACGACAAGAAGCGCUCUGCAAUGCGGACGAUACACCGCGAUUCUCGACUCAAGACGAGAUUCCCGUCACUGGCCUUGACCAGAUGCGUAUGUGCCGUAGCUGGGACAAGCUAGAAGAGUGGGCUAAGCAGUACACUGCGUGCUAUCGCUAUAUCAACCAAACCGCGUCAUACUCCGAAGUCCCACAAGUCGAACGGUUCGUCUGGUGCCCUAAGGACUCGCCUUAUAACAAGGAAGUGGAAAAAGUCUUCGGGCAUAUUGAGUGGAGCGAAGAUGGAUUCACGAUAUCAGAACCAGAGAAAUGAUGGAGUGGUUGGUAAAUGGUAGGGUUAGGUAAUUUGAACUAGCGU